UUUUCUUGUUCUGUGUUUGCUUUGUUUGACUGUGGUUUCUUGUGAAAGUUUUGUCAUAAUUGAACACAGCUCAGGGUUUUACUUUUCAUAGCUGUUUUCUACUUUCUUUCUGAUAUUUUGUUGGGUUUUUGCUUUGUUUCUUGCAUGAAAAUGUAAGUUCUUUUUCCCCAUUUUCUUUUUUUGGGCCAAGGAGGGUGAGUGAUGUGGUGGGCAGAGGGGCCAGUGGGGGGGUCUUUUGUUUAAUUCUUUCCAAAUUAAUGUGAAGAUAAUGUUUGAUAGAAUCUUAUUGGGUAGACAAAGUGUGUGAAUCACAUUCAGCAGAGUGGGAGAAAAGGUGAAGAAGUUUAAGAGAGGAUUUUGAAGGAUGAAUGAUAGCUCAGCUAGAGAAAUGAAUGAGAGACAACCUCAAAGGCCUUGUGGUUGUGUGGGCAUUUUCUUUCAGCUCUUUGAUCAGAACCGUGGAUUUGCCAAGAAGCUGUUUCCAAAGAAACUGCUUUCACCAGCUUGCUUGAAACAAGCUUCAAAAAAGUUUGAGGGGAUGAGAAGCAGCCAAAGCUUCAUUUGAUUGCUGAUGAGAACAGUGGGGGUUUUCCAAAUGCAAAGAAUAAUGGAAUGACCGAUACACGUUGUGAAAGCAAGCGCGAAAUGAAAGCUCCAAGUUUGGUUGCUAGGGUCAUGGGUUUGGAAUCGAUGCCAGCAGGAUCAGGCAGUAAGCCCCAAAAGGCUUCAGCUUCUGAAACUUGGAGCAAUGUGGCAGACAAACUUGGUGCUCGACCUGGCAGAUCUGAUAAAGAAGAUAUUGAUUUUGAGAUGGCCGAAAUAAAGAAUUCAGAACCAGGUUUGGAAAGGUUUAGAGCUAAAUGUGCUCUCACUUAUCCUACUAGAUAUUUUUCUACUUUGGAAGAUGAAGAAGAUUUAGUUGGGAAUUCACUUGAUCACCAUUCAACUGACAGCUACCUCUCCAGCAGUCCCAAUAGUAGCUCAAAGGACAAAGUGCUUGCUGAAUCAGUGGACUCAGUUGAUGAUGAACCACUCUUUCCACAACCUGAUAGAGAUCUUUCGGAUUGUGAGACCUCAUUAUCCACCAGGAG